AUGACUCGGUUUGCUGUCCGUGAAUAUGCUCGCACGUCGGCUUUUUCGGUAUCUUUCGAGCCUAUGGUAUCUGAAGAUCGCAUCAACUUCUCUGAUACUUCCCUCGACACCGAUUUUGAUAUGGCGCUGUCUUCUUCUCCCUUUCCUGAGUCUCCAGUGAGUCUGACAUCUGCCGAAAAUGACUUUCUGGAGUCAGCUCGGCAGCUCGCAGACCUGGACCCUCAGCCUAGCAAGCCAGUUCCUGAGUCUGAGGAACUGCUCGCAUCCCCGUCGCCGUUAGAGCUUCAGCCGCUGUCACCACCAGAGUUGGAGUGUGUCAGUGGUACGGAGGCUUCAACGUUACAGCCGUCUCUUGAUUCCAUUUCGACAUUCCAGACACACGUAUGCCAUGAGGCUGGUAUCACAGCGGUCCCUUGGUCUCCUGAUCCAGAAUCUGGCUUCUGUGCGAUUAGCGAAGAUACAUCAGGUCAUAUACUGGCGAUGUCGCCUCAGCUUGCAUCUAUACCUGAAGAGAGUGUUGAGAACAGUGGAUCUGAAGCAAAGCUACCUCCUCCGAACCUCCAGUCAACUUCUUCUAUAGCCGCAAAUUCCCUGCUGUCAGAUGCCAAUCAUGCUGCAGAUGAAUCCGCCAUAAUAUCAGUACCCACGGAGCAAGUUUCUGCCCCUUCUCCUUUUACCCUGGACACAGCGAGUGACUCCUAUAUAACACCUCCGCCACCAUAUGCGUCUACUGUAUUACAAGCAGAGACCGAGGACCCAGGAGAUAUCUCUGAUGGAGAAUCCACAAAUGACGAGACAAACUCUGUGUUCGAUGAUGAAUAUCACUCCGAGACAUCCAGCUAUACUGCUUCGCUACUUUCGGACGUGAAAGACUAUACAUAUGAGAAUGGCCGACGAUACCACUCCUACCGCGAAGGACACUAUGUUCUACCAAACGACGAUCAAGAACAAGACCGCCAGGAUCUCCUUCACCACGUUCGCAACCUUGUUCUAAAUGGGGCUCUUUUCCGUGCUCCCUUGGGCAAUAGCCUUCAGCGCGCUCUCGACAUAGGAACCGGUACAGGCAUUUGGGCCAUCGAUUUCGCCGACAGCCACCCCAGCGCCGAGGUUAUGGGCACCGAUCUCAGCCCGAUCCAACCAUCCUGGGUCCCACCCAAUCUCCAAUUCCUAGUCGAUGACGCCGAGUCCCCGUGGCUGUUCAGUACCAGCCGGCCUUUCGACUUCAUCCACGCCCGAGACCUAGGCGGUGCUAUCGCCGACUGGCCUCGGCUGCUGCGACAAGCCUACACCCAUUUACGCCCAGGUGGCUGGGUUGAGCUGCAGGAGUUUGAGGUUACGCUGAGGUCGGAUGAUGACUCCUUGCGGCUGGCGCCGACGUUGUGCGAAUUCCUCGGUCGUCUGCAUGAGGCUAGUGAGGCGUUCCACCGGCCCAUGAACAUCGCCGAGGGACACCGGCAGCGGUUGGUGGAGGCCGGUUUUAAAGAUGUCCGAGAUGAGGUGUACAAGGUCCCUUCUAGUAUGUGGCCCAAAGAUCCCAUACAGAAGCAAAUUGGCCGGUACAAUCUGUGUUCCCUCUUAAUGGCAGUGGAAUCCUACUCGUUGGCUUUGUUUACCCGCGUUCUGGGAUGGUCGAAUAUACAAACCCAAGUCUUCCUGGCAGGUGUGCGUCGAGAUUUGAACAAUCCCGAGGUUCACACUUAUUGCAAUCUACACGUUGUCUACGGUCGCAAGCCGAAACAUGACUAUCAUAGCGCUGAUUAG